AAAUUGCAAAAAAAUAAAAACAAAAACGGGCAUAUGUUUGAAAAUUUGUUUGCUUGAUAAAAUAAACAAUGCCCAUGUGCUACACAGCUUUAACAUCCAUUUGAAAUCUUCUAGUGUAGAAAGUAAGCGUCUGGGCGAUCUGGUCUCUAAAAACUGUUUUUUUUCUUUUUUUGAGACCGAGUCUGCCGGCCUACAGCCUAAACUGGGCUGUUUUCUGAACGCGGAGACGGCAUUUCACUAAAUAAAACGCUCUACAAUCUUGCAACAGCACCAGGUGUUAGCUUUUGGAUUCAUUUUGCUCCUUUCACUUCGUUUGCUAGCAGCUAAGAUACCCGUUUCUUUUGUUCUAGCUUUAGAAUCGCUGUGGAGUAAACCCUUUUCACAUUUUUCAAGCUUUUGGAUCCCUGUGGAAUAGACCCAUUUCAUAUUUUCAAGCUUUUAAACCCUCUGGGCGCAUAACCAUUUCAUUUUUAAGACUUCGAAUCCCAUUGGCGCAAACCCAUUUCAAUUUCCUCAGCUUUAGAGUCAAUCUGGGGCAAGAUCGUUUCAUUUUCCAAGAAUCGUUUAGAAAAAUCGAAUAACCGAAAAUCAAAGGAACGAUCAUUUAUGGUGUGGGCGAUUAGGGUUUGAGUCAGACCUUAUGAUUUGGAGGUACUGUUUUGGGAAGUUUGGAUUCUCUUGAGGCCCAAAUCAUGACAUCCGGAGGGGUUAAUAUCAUUUGCCUAGCGUUUUUAGUGUACUUUCUGGUCUGGGUUGAGGCACAGGGAACUGUUUCUAGAGUUACUGUAAAGGAUAAGUGCAAUGGAGUUUAUCUGAAUUACCAGGGUCAGACUCCAAAGAUAACUUAUCCCUUGACUACGAAUCCUAAAGAUCAGCCUUAUGUCUUUAAUUCCACUGCAACUGUGCUAAACACUGGUAAAGAAGAAGUUAAAGGGUGGCAGAUUUAUGUUGGGUUCCAGCAUGGGGAGGUGCUUGUGGGUGUGAGCAAUGCCGUGCUUGAAGAUGGCUCCAGUCUGCCUGCUAAUGUUAGCAAUGGCACUGUUUUGUCAGGGUUCCCACAGACAGAUCUCAAGACUGCUAUUGAGACUGCAGGGGACUUGAACCAGAUUCAGGUGCAGAUUCAAAUGAGUGGUGUUGAAUUUGGGGUUGACGAAAAGCAAAUUCCUAUGCCUUCGCACUUCAAUUUGACUAAUGAGGGGUACACAUGCAAUACCCCCAAUGUUACUGUCGGCCAAAUUGAGCUUUGUUGCCAAAAGGAUCCUAAAUUUGUGCCCAAUGAUACUAUUGAAGAAACCAAAUUCCUUGCUCGCCAGAAAGGAGAUCUUACUAUGACCUAUGAUAUCAUGCAGAGCUUUGAAAGCAAUUAUAAUGCUUUAGUGACAAUUUCAAAUGAUAAUCCCAUUGGGCGUUUGGAUAACUGGAAUUUGUCUUGGGAUUGGCAGUAUGGAGAAUUUAUUUAUGCCAUGAAAGGUGCAGUGGCUCUAGACCAAAGUCUGUCUGACUGUUUAAAUGGUGCAGCUGGAAACUAUUAUCAACAACUAGAUUUAUCUAAUGUCAUGAGCUGUAAGAAGACCCCAACAAUUGCCGAUCUUCCCCCACAGCUGGCUAAUGAUACCAAUGUGGGUAAGAUUAAUUUCUGUUGCAGAAAUGGCACCCUUCUUCCGUCUACCAUGGAUCCUAGCAAGUCUAAAUCUGCAUUCACGCUUCAAGUCUACAAACUUCCUCCAUAUUUGAAUCGAACCCUGUAUAAUCCUCCUAUAAAUUGGAAGAUUCAAGGUGUACUAAAUUCUGACUAUCAAUGCGGGCAGCCAAGGAGAGUAAAUCCAAGUACAUUCCCAGAUCCUAGUGGGACACAAAGGGAAACAUCUGCUAUUGCCACCUGGCAAGUAGUGUGCAACAUCACUAAUAAGAAUGGAAAAAAUAACUGUUGUGUUUCCUUCUCUGCAUUUUACAACGAAUCUGCAAUCCCUUGUCAAACCUGUGCUUGUGGUUGUCCAACCACAAUAAGCCCUACAUGUAGUCGAACAAAAGAUGCCCUUCUUCUCCCUUCCUAUUCUCUUCUUGUCCCAUUUGAAAAUAGGACUAAACCAACUCUUGCAUGGGCUGAACUGAAACACUUUUCUGUACCGCAACCACUACCUUGUGGUGAUUAUUGUGGGGUUAGCAUUAACUGGCACAUCAAUACUGACUUUACCAAAGGAUGGAGUGCAAGAAUUACUGUUUUCAACUGGGAAGACACUAGUUUGGCAGAUUGGUUUACUGCUGUUGAAAUAGAUAAAGCCUUUCUUGGCUAUGAAAAUGUUUAUUCUUUUGAUGGGGGUAAAAUACCAGGUCUGAACAACACCAUAUUCAUGCAAGGGAAAAAGGAUUUUACUUAUUUGAGUGGAGAAUCAAAUGGCACUAAUCCAGCUCGUGAUCCAAGGGUGCCAGGUAAGCAGCAGUCAGUGAUUUCCUUCACUAAGAAGUAUACACCAGGCAUAAACAUCUUAGCUGGUGAUGGAUUCCCUACUAAAGUGUUCUUUAAUGGUGAGGAGUGCUCUCUUCCCCACACCAUUCCUAGUGGAACAGGGCACAUGGUUUCAUGGAGCAUGCCUACACUUUUGCUGACAGUUAUGUUCGUUUUUCUCUUUGAACAGUUUUGGUGAGGUUGAUAAUGAACUUGGCACGGAAUGCCAUUUUCUAGUUUUUCACCAUUGAUUCUUUGAUUCUUUUGAAUGGCAUAAUUGACUAGUCAAUUUGUUAAGGUGGGUCAUCAGGGGAACACAUAACAGAUGAUGAAGGCCAUUUGUCAGCAGGGAAACACAUAACAGAUGAUGGAGGUCAUUUGCUUGGGCUCUGGGAAGGUUGAGUUAAUGACAUGCCUUGAUUUCCUAUCAAAUAGAGGUUGUAAUGGUAGAUAUUAUAUAUUUGAGUACAAUUAUAAAAUGUGGCUGUUGUACAUCUAAAAAAGAACUUAGGGAUGAUAUUCAUGGUUUCCUUGUUUAGAUUGUUUAUGGAAACUACUAUUGCUGUGCCUUGAUAGUAAAAACAUUCCUUAGUCCUGUUUUUCUUUUUCAAAAAGUUUAAAAGGAGCACACUUAAAUACUGUGCUAUCAACUAUGUCAAAGUAAUCAAUGGCUAGGAUUUUAAUUUUGUUCA